AUGUCGGCCGCACGUCUCUUCGCCCAGUCGUCGCUCCGGGCCGCCCGCGCCCAGAAGGUCACCGCGACCGCCUUCACCUUCCGCAACCUCGCCACCGCAGUCAGCCGCCAGCCCAUCACCCAGACAACCGUCCUCAGCAAUGGCCUGACCGUCGCGACCGAGUCCAACCCCUCGGCCCAGACCGCCACCGUCGGUGUCUGGAUCGACGCCGGCUCCCGGGCCGAGACUGACCGGACCAACGGUACCGCUCACUUCCUCGAGCACAUGGCCUUCAAGGGCACCAACAAGCGUUCGCAGCACGCUCUCGAGCUCGAGGUCGAGAACCUCGGCGCCCACCUCAACGCCUACACGUCGCGGGAGCAGACCGUCUACUACGCCAAGGCGUUCCGCAAGGACGUCGACAAGGCGGUCGACAUCAUCUCGGACAUUCUGCAGAACUCGAAGCUCGAGUCGUCGGCCAUUGAGCGCGAGCGCGAUGUCAUCCUGCGCGAGCAGGAGGAGGUCGACAAGCUCAAGGAGGAGGUCGUCUUUGACCACCUCCACGCCGUCGCCUUCCAGGGUCAGCCGCUCGGCAGGACCAUUCUCGGCCCCAAGCAGAACAUCCUCUCGAUCAAGCGCGAGGACCUGGCCCAGUACAUCAAGACCAACUACAGCGCCGACCGCAUGGUCCUCGUCGGCGCCGGCGGCGUCGAGCACGACGCGCUCGUCAAGCUGGCCGAGCAGCACUUUAGCUCGCUUCCCGUCAGCCAGAACCCGAUCAAGCUGGGCGAGUCGAGCAGCAAGAAGACGCAGUUCAUUGGCUCCGAGGUGAGGAUCCGCGACGACACCUCGCCCACGUGCAACAUCGCCAUCGCCGUCGAGGGCGUGUCGUGGAAGAGCCCCGACUACUUCCCCAUGCUCGUCCUCCAGAGCAUCAUGGGCAACUGGGACCGCUCGCUCGGCUCGAGCCCGCUCCUCUCGUCGCGCCUGUCGCACAUCAUUUCGUCCAACAACCUCGCCAACUCGUUUAUGCACUUCAGCACCUCGUACUCGGACACGGGGCUGUGGGGCGUCUACAUGGUGUCGGAGAACCACAUGAACCUCGACGACAUGGUCCACUUUACCCUCAAGGAGUGGCAGCGCAUGUCGACCGGCCCCACCGAGGGCGAGGUCGAGCGCGCCAAGGCGCAGCUCAAGGCGAGCCUGCUCCUCGGCCUCGACGGCAGCACCGCCGUCGCCGAGGACAUUGGACGCCAGCUCGUCACCGCCGGCAAGCGGUACACGCCCGCCGAGAUCCAGUCGGCCAUUGACGCCAUCGAGGUCAAGGACAUCCAGCGCGUCGCCAGGACCUACCUCUGGGACGCCGACAUUGCCAUUGCCGCCCACGGCCGUGUUGAGGGUCUUCUGGACUACAACCGAAUCCGGGCCGACACUGCGUCGAUGGUCUGGUAA